CUCUUGCCCUAACAUUCACUACUAAGUUGCAGCACCAGCACCACCUCUCUCUCUCUCUAAUGAGUUUGUGCAUUCUUUCUCCACCAACAAAGUAAUGAAAAAAGGACACAAAAACAAGUAGUAGCUAGCAACGCCCAAGACACCCACAGCAAUGUUCCCAUUUGGAGAAAACCCCUCUUUCAAAAAGCCUCCUUUUCAGCUUUACGAUCAAAUUCACAACCCUAUCCUCUCCAAACACGAUGAAUCCCCAUUCUUCUCCAACUUCCCCUCCCCAUUCUUCGACGAACACGAGCUUCCCUUGCACCAAAUCCUCCCGAAACCCUCAAUCCCCACAACCCUACCAAUACCAUCCUCUUCAUCAGAUCACCCCAAAAAAAUCACCAAAAAAGACCCCAAAGCCAUCGCGGCCGCCCCUCCAAGGAAGCGAACCGGGAAAAAAGACCGGCACAGCAAGAUCUGCACGGCGCAGGGGAUCCGAGACCGGAGAAUGAGGCUCUCCCUUCAAGUGGCAAGGAAAUUCUUCGAUCUCCAAGACAUGUUGGGGUACGACAAAGCCAGCAAGACCAUCGAGUGGCUCUUCACCAAAUCGAAGAAGGCCAUCAAGGAGCUGGCCAUGGAGGUUGGAGAGAGAGAGAACAAUGUUUCCAUCACAAUGAGCGAUGGAAAGACCGAAUCGUUCGUGUCGGAAUGCGAGGUAAUCUCCGGGAUCGAGGAGAACUGCUCGAACAACGGGGGAUUGGAGGAGAAAAAGGGAAGGAAAACAACAGGAAACACGAGGGAGUCGAGGGAGAAGGCGAGGGAGAGGGCGCGCAGCAGAACAGAGGAGAAGAUGAUGGGGAAGCGCAUCGAAUCAAACCCUAGCCUAGAGGAUUACGCCCCUUUCGUGCAGCCGCCGUCCGAUGCCGGAACAAUCGAGAAGCUUCUGGGGAAUUCAAGCUCUGCUGCUGCUGUCUCUUGCUGCACCGAUCCCACUACCAGUUUCAUGGGAUUUCUCGAAAACUGGGACCUGGACAGACUAAAUUAUGCAGGUAAUCACAACUCAAUUUACUCAGCCACCACCCCGGAUUUUCCACUGUUUCAUCAAUAAUUUUGAGGGCUUUAUCUGUAAAAUAUUUAUGAUUCGGUUUGACUCUUUUCAAUCCCUAGCUUUUGAAUGUAAUAAUCCUUUGCCGAUAGGGUUAAAUAAAUAUAUGAAUUUAUAAUCAUAAUCCAAUUA